AUGGCAGCAACCAAUGGUCAUGUGAAUGGAGGAGCGAAUGGCUAUGGCGCUGUUCAAUCAUCUCCAGCAACGCGAAUGACCAGCAAGCGUUUCUCCGAUAUCCCUUCCGCCAUCGACAUUCCCGUCCAAGGCGAAGAUGACGACCAAGCCGUCGAAGUUGAUCUAGAGGAUCUUCUCGAUGAUCCGACCGAGCUGUGUACACUGUUGGAGAAUGAGGGUGCAGCGCGCACAUACUGGAUGACUGUCUCCCUCGCAUACGCCAAGCAGAAGAAAGUCGACCAUGCAAUCGAGAUGCUUAUAAAGGGAGGGCAAGCCAUGAAAGGCGGGCAAAAAGAGAAGCUUAGUAUGCUCAGCUGCCUCUGCUGGAUGUACUUGUGGAAGAGCAGAGAGGCGCCUCGAAUUGCGCCCGAGGGAGCCUUGGUCUCAGAGGCCAAGACGAAGGAGUACUAUCUACAGCUUUCAACAUCGACGCUGAAUGAAGCUUUGCGAAUCAAUCCGGCGUUUCCACCCCUCUUUCUGGCUCGCGGCGUCCUGCAGCUGCUUAAGGCCUCUUUGCAACCACCCUCGAAAUCUGCUGCUCCUGGCGCAGUCGAUCCAGAGAAGACCGAGAUCCUACGCGCCUCGCUGAAGUCAUUCGAAGACGCGAUUCGAGUCUCACAAGGCAGAAACAUGAUGGCGGUCUUAGGGAAGUCGAGGGCAUUAUUUUCUCUUGGCAAGUAUGCGGAAGCCUUGGAAGGAUACCAGGAAGCUUUGCACAAGAUGCCAGACCUGAUAGACCCCGAUCCACGGAUAGGAAUCGGAUGUUGUUUCUGGCAGCUUGGAUUCAAGGAGGAUGCGAAGACGGCAUGGGAACGCGCUUUGGAGAUUAACCCCGACUCGAAGAUCGCGAAUAUUCUUCUCGGCCUCUUCUACCUUGAUUCGAGCGCACACGUUCCUACAAACAGCCCGGAAUUCAUCAAUCUCUACAGGACAGCCAUGACGGUUUACACUCAAAAGGCUUUCAAGGCCGACAAAGACCUUCCUCUGACCUGCGCUACUUUUGCAGGAUACUUCUUAUCACGGAAGUCGUUGCCAAAUGUAGACAAUCUUGCACACAAGGCCAUCCAGUACACGGAUGUCAAUGCGAUUGCAAGCGAUGGAUGGUAUCUUUUGGCCCGAAAAGAACACUACGAGGAGAACUACGAGCUUGCCAGAGAUUACUACGGGCGAGCUGACGAGGCCAGAGGCGGCAUUGACCGAGGUUUUCUGCCAGCUAAGUUUGGCGCCGCUCAGCUGUCAGUAUUGAAAGGCGACUUUGGAGAAGCAAAGUUGAGGCUGGAGAAGAUUAUCCAGCAGUCAAAGAAUAUCGAGGCUAUGACCUUGUUGGGGACCUUAUAUGCGGAAGAAGUAUUCUCGAGUCAGAAGAGUGGUGUUAAGGAGGAUAAGUCCACGGAAUUCAAGAAGGCUAUUGGAUAUUUGGAGGCUGUUCGGACGGCCUGGAAAGACCCCAAGAAGAACCUCAUUCCUGAUGCUUCGGUGCUGCUGAACCUCGCAAGACUCUACGAGACCGAGCAACCCGACAAGAGUCUGCAAUGCUUGCAACAAGUUGAGCAAAUUGAGUACGACCAAAUUCCUGAAGACGAGAGACCACAGAAUCCUGAGGAUGAGGCCGCCUUCAAGAACUCCAUUCGAGAGGGACUUCCACCUCAACUAUUGAAUAACAUGGGGUGCUUCUACUAUCAAGCCGAGAAGUAUGACCAGGCUCGGGAGAUGUUCCAAGCUGCUUUGAGUGCCUGCAUCAAGGUUGGCGAGAAGCAAGAGGAAAUGGACAGUGAUGCUUUGGUCACAACUAUCAGUUUCAAUCUUGGCCGAACAUACGAAGCGAGUGGGCUGCUUGAUGACGCGAAUACUGUCUAUGAAGGCUUGUUAGGCCGUCAUCCUGACUACACAGAUGCCAGAACGCGGCUGGCAUACAUUGCCCUGCGCCAAAGUCCAACUGAGGAAGGACCCAAGACAAUUUCCAAACUCUACGAAGAUUCAUCUGCUGAUCUUGAAGUGCGAGCACUGUGGGGUUGGUAUCUGGGUCGAGUGCAUUCUCGAAAGCGAACUGGCAAUAUACAAGAAGAUCCUGAAUUGCGACAUUACAAACACACUCUCCAGCACUAUGAGAAGCACGAUAGAUACGCUUUGAUUGGAAUGGGGAAUCUCUAUCUGAUGACUGCACGCGAGAUGCGUCGAGACACCGAGCAGGAGAAACAGAAGCGAAGCAAUAUGUACAUCAAGGCUGUCGAGUUCUUUGACAAGGCUUUGCAACUGGACCCGAAGAAUGCGUAUGCUGCCCAGGGAAUUGCUAUUGCGCUCGUGGAAGACAAGAAGGAUUUCAAGACCGCCCUGUCGAUAUUCGUGAAGGUUCGAGAUACCGUUAAGGACCAUAGCGUCUAUGUCAAUCUUGGACAUAUUUUCGCCGAGCUGCGACAAUAUACGAAGGCUAUCGAGCAUUACGAGGCUGCACUGUCGAAAGACAGGUCUCAUGAUGCACAGAUCCUGGCUUGCUUGGGACGGACAUGGUUGGCAAAGGGUAGGGCAGAAAAGAAUUUACAGGCAUUCAAGAAUGCCCUUGAUUAUUCUCAGAAGGCCCUCGAGGUUGCCCCCGAACAAACCCAUUUCAAGUUUAACGUGGCCUUUGUCCAAAUGCAAUUAGCAGCUACAGUGUACGGCAUGCCUGAAACGCAGCGAACACUAGCCGAACUUCAGGCUGCCGCCGCCGGACUUGAGGAGGCUAUCGAAUCCCUGGAGGCCAUCGCUCAGCAUCCCCAAACACCAUAUCCAAAGCAUGAUAUCGAGCAGCGAGCAAACAUGGCUCGAAAUACCAUGCGUCGCCAGCUCGAGCGUUCGAUCCAAGCCCAGAAGGAAUACGAAGAGAAGAAUGCCGAGAAAUUACAAGCUGCGAAGCAGCAACGAGAUGCAGAAAUCAAGAAGCGCGACGAGCUGAGGAGGGCCGCCGAAGAGGCCGAACAAGAAAGAAAGCGGAAGAUUGCUGAAGAGCGACAGAGGAUUGCUGAACGAGAUCGUGAGCUUGCUGAGGCGAGGGCUGAGGAGGAUAGAGCAAGGGAGGCAGCAGAGAUGACUACUGAUAGUGAGACGGGUGAGAAGGUGAAGAGGAAGAAGAAGCCUAGAGGUGGUGCGGGUGGGAAGCGCAAGAAGAAGAACGAGGAUGGUAUCACGGAUGAUGAAGGCAGCGGUGCAGAACCCAAGAGAAAGAGUCGCGCCAAGUCACGAGGAAGCGGUGUGGACAGUGAUGAGGAGAAACCGAAGAAGAAGAGAAGAUUGGCCAAGAAGGGAGGUGAAAAGCCCAGCAAGUACAAGCUGAGCAGCGAGAUUGUGGUUGACAGUGACAGCGAAGGGGAUGAUGGAGCUGCAGAAGCUGCAAAGGAAAUGGAUACCGAUAUCUUUGGAGAAGAUGAGCCUGCUGCUGCUGAUGCUGCUAGCGAUGAGGAAACAGUCUCUGUCCCCAUCAAGCGCAAGAACAAGAGGGCGAGAAUCGAGGAAUCAGACGACGAAGAUGAGGAUGAAAACGCUGCUCCGGCACCAGAACCAGCUCAGGAGGACUCGCCAGCCAAGGAUGAUUCUCCAGAAACAGCGAAUGGUGCCAACGAGGAUACUCCCAUGGCAGAUACUCCAGCCGUCGAUUCAGAUGAUGAAUAG